AUCACAAGCAUAAAAUUGAAUAAGAUUUAGCUUUUUAUUUAGUACAAGUAUUAAGAUGCAGAGCGCUAUGCAAAGAAGCGUUUCUCAUAUUUCUGCGAUGUGCAGUUGCAGCAGAAGUGCUGCUGUUCAUUUUGUGACACCCCCGGUCUCUUCUGCAAACGUGCAAAUUAUGCUUUUGAGAGUGCCUAUUGCAAGGACUAGUGCUGCACACCUUUUCAGCAGCAGGCAUACACACCUGCGCAACAGGUUGCAAACAGCGAUACAGAUGAGUGCAACUUCAGACUACGGCGCCAAUUGGGGGGAGGCUCCUGAGUCUUUUCUGGUUCUGGGCCUUGCUCAUUGCUUUGAGAAAGACGACAACGGAAAGCUGGUGGAUCGGUUUGUCAUCGAGCCCAUCUCAGCAAACUCCCUGGAGUGCAUGGCAACGGGCGCCAAGACUUGCUUCAAGGAGGUGAAGAGCGUGACAUUUGGCGACGCAAUGGCCCGCGACAGAUCAGUCUUGCCAGAGGAAUGGGCCAGCGCCUCUUUCUGCGAUGAGUACGACUUCCGCUGCGGCGCAUGUGCUCGCACAUGGUCCCGCCCGCACGCACAGGACAACCUCAUGGACAUUGUACCGCUGGGCCGCACAAAGAACAACUUCAACUACAACCUGGACGAGAAGCGGGUGCUCAACUUUGAGAACGUGGUGAACGACGAUGACAACAUCAAGCAGGACAUCAGCAUUGACGUCUACGGCCGCGCAGAGAAGGAGGAGGGCGCUGAUGCCGAGUCAGAGGCACCAGCAGCAAAGGAAGAGGAAGAGGAGCUGGACUCCCUCCUAGCAGCUUAAUGGGGAUAUCCUAGGGACAAGCGAUUCAGUUGACAGGCUUCUUAGUCAAGCUGCCAAGGAGACAGGCUGUGACUAAAGCUGUUAAAGCAGAACUUGAACUGCAGGUUAGGCGUGGAGAAGAUCAGAAUGUAUGUAUUUGACAUGUGCAGCAAGACAUGUUUGCUUCUGAUACACAUAUGUACCCUUAUGACUCCAGUCUGGCUGAUGUUGAGCAUUUUACAUGCUAUCCAAGCUCGUAUCAGUGGUUUGACUCUGCAAUAAUGACUUCUGAUGU